GGUUGUCUUGAGGUUCUGUCACUGUCGCGCGCUCUCCAGCCCAUAGGAUAGAGAUACGAGUGAUUACGCGCACAGUGGUUUAGCGAUCACUUUGUGAGCAAGACAUAGCUUUAAUAUUUGUUUACAAGUUUAUGAAGUUUACAAAAGGACAUACGUCUGUACGAGUAUCUUAAUUGUCCUCUGGGCAGAACACUCCAGAACGUUGCUCAAUAAAGUUCGAUGCCACUUCUCCAGUAAGUAUUCUGGGAAAAGGCAUAUUGGCACUGUGCUGAAGUUUGUCCCAUGAAAUCCAAUCGGAAAAUCCUUUGUGGUAAAAUAUGAGCAGGAUGAAGACGGCGGAGAUCUGUGUGGUCCUGUUUGUCCUGAGCUGUGUAUGUGAACUGUCAUUGUCUUUGGACCCCCGAGAUCCAAAUGUUUGCAGCUUAUGGGAAAGUUUCACAACUUCAGUGAAGGAAUCAUAUGCUCAACCCUUCGACCAAGUGAAGUAUGUAGAGACCUGCGUUGAACCCUGGAGCGCUAACAAAUGCACCCGGCACAGGAUCACCUAUAAAACACUUUAUAGGCAGGUGGUGAAAAUGGACUAUCGUAGGAGGUAUCAGUGCUGUCGUGGCUUUUAUGAGAGCAGAAAUAAGUGUGUUCCACGUUGCACUAAGGAGUGUGUCCAUGGCCGCUGUGUAGCACCUGAUCGCUGCCAAUGUGAGAACGGCUGGCGUGGAGAAGACUGUUCCAGCUCAUGUAAUGCCCAGCAUUGGGGUCCAGGCUGCAGGCAGCGCUGUGAGUGCCAGAACGGGGGACAGUGUGAUGUUAUUAAAGGAAACUGUCAAUGCCCAGCCGGAUACACUGGUGAACACUGCCAGGACCCCUGUCCUGCAAAGUCAUUCGGUCAGGGCUGUCUGGAGCAGUGCCGGUGUGGAACAGGAGGAUUCUGCAAUAAAACCACUGGAGAAUGUGUGUGCAGAAAUGGAUUUACUGGAACUCUGUGCGAGGAGCCGUGCAUGAGGCCGAGCCGAUGUCCUGUACGCUGCCCGUGUCAGAAUGGAGGCAUCUGCCGGGGGAGAGGGGUGUGUGUGUGUCCACCUGGCUGGAUGGGUGCAGUGUGCACUGAGAGGUGUCCACCGGGCCGGUUUGGUCCAAACUGUGCUAAAGAAUGUUUGUGUCAUAAUGGAGGCCACUGUGAUCCAGAAAAUGGCCAAUGUCAGUGUGAUGCAGGUUACACUGGAGAAAGGUGUAACGAGGAGUGUCCAGUGGGCACGUACGGUGUGGACUGUAAGGGUGUGUGUGACUGUGCUAACGGAGCACGGUGCUAUAACAUCCACGGUGGGUGUCUGUGUGAGCCAGGGUUCAAGGGUCCACGCUGCGAUCACAGGAUGUGUCCUGAUGGGACCUACGGCAUGCACUGCGAACACCCCUGCCUCUGCAACUCACAAAACACUCUCAGUUGUCAUCCUCUGAAGGGGGAGUGUACCUGUCAGCCUGGGUGGGCGGGGCUAUACUGUAAUGAAACCUGUGCUCGUGGUUACUAUGGCAGUGGUUGCUUGGAUCCCUGCCUCUGUGUGAAUGGAGGGGUGUGUGACACGGUGACGGGCGAGUGCCACUGUACGCCCGGAUACACGGGACUACACUGCGAGAAGCUUUGUGAGGAUGGCUUCUACGGGAAGGGCUGCUUGUCUCCCUGUACCUGUGUAAACUCUAUAGCCUGCUCUCCAAUCGAUGGAACAUGUUUCUGUAAAGAAGGGUGGAGAGGACUUGACUGUUCUAUUGCAUGUUCAGAGGGCAAAUGGGGUGCUGGCUGCAACUUCACAUGUCAGUGUGCAAAUGGAGCAUCCUGCCACCCUGCUGAUGGUUCUUGCAAGUGCACCGCAGGGUGGAGAGGAGCUUCCUGUGACGAGCCCUGUCCAAUCGGGACAUUCGGUCCGGACUGUCAACACAGAUGUGAUUGUCUGCAUGAUGAAGGAUGUGAGAGUGUUACAGGCCAGUGUCUGUGUUUACCAGGCUGGACAGGUCUGCGCUGCACACAGCAGUGUCCAGAGGGAACAUGGGGCCUUCAGUGCAACCAGACCUGCUCCUGCCUCAACAGUGCCACCUGUCAGCCACAUACAGGAACCUGCCUGUGCAAACCCGGAUUCUGGGGAGAUCAGUGUCAACAAAUAUGCAGUGCUGGAAUGUUUGGAGAGAGGUGCAGCCGUCAAUGUCCACCAUGUGUACAUGCCUCCUCCUGUCAUCACAUAACGGGCGAUUGUUUGUGUCUGCCUGGAUAUACUGGACACCUGUGUGAACAAGCCUGCCCCAUUGGUCGAUAUGGACGCCAUUGUAGCAAUGUGUGCAGGUGCACCAACAAUGCUACAUGUCAUCACCAGGAUGGUUUGUGCCUCUGUCCCGCCGGAUGGACCGGACCAGACUGCUCUUUAUUGUGUCAGACUAAGACGUUCGGCACUAACUGUGCUCAGACUUGCUCAUGUCCCCCCAACCAUUCCUGCAAUCCUCACACUGGAGACUGUGUGUGUGUACCUGGACCAGGCGAGGACUGCAAACCAGAGCAAGAGCGGAGUAUGAUGGUGCCUGUGUCUCCGCCGGAGAAGGACUCGUGGGGUGCGAUCGCAGGAAUUGUGGUGCUGGUGAUUCUGGUUGUACUCCUAUUGGCUGUUCUGUUGUUGUAUCGGCACAGACAACAGGACAAACAGAGCAACACUCCGGUUGUGUCUUUCUCUACAACCCGCACUGUCAGCUCAGAGUAUGCUGUGCCAGAUGUUCUGCACAGCUACCAUCACUAUUACUCAAACCCGAGUUACCACACGCUUUCUCAGAACAGACCUCCGCUGCCACACCUGCCCAACAACCAGGACCGAGCCAUCAAGAACACCAAUAAUCAGCUGUUCUGCAGUCUGAAGAACACGGAGAGGGAGAGGAGAGGUCUGUUUGCGGCUGAGACUAAUGCAACUCUUCCUCCAGGCUGGAAACACCAGGAGCCACCUAAAGAUCCAGGGGCUUUUGGCAUUAAUCGAAGUUACAGCUAUAGUGCUACUCUUGGGAAGCACUACAACAAAGAAUUGAAAGAUUCAUGUGUGGCAGUGAGCAGCAGCUCUCUGAACAGCGAGAACCCAUAUGCCACCAUCAAAGAUCUGCCUGGCCUGCCACCUUGUCCUCCGGAGAGCAGCUACAUGGAGAUGAAGUCUGCAGUGCCUUGUGAAAGAUCCUACACUGAAAUCAGCCCACCAGUCGUGACGCCUUCCACUCUGUCAUGCAGAGAACACUGUUCCCUUGGCAACGUUGUGGAACAGGAACCUCAGAAUCAUUAUGAUCUGCCCAUCAACAGUCACAUUCCUGGGCAUUAUGAUCUGCCUCCAGUGCGGAGACCACCCUCUCCAUCGCCACGAACACUGCCCCACUGAUCUCCUUAAAGACUCUGGUUCUUCUCUAAAAUCACUGCCAAAUACAUAGAGUGCUUUACAAACUAAGAAAUGAAAUCGCGGACACCAGAGAUGAACGGAUGGAUGAACACUACCAUCUGCUGGACAACAUUGACAUUAAAGGGAUGCUCCACCACAAAUUGUAAAUUUUGUCAUUAAUCACUUACCCCCAUGUCAUUCCAAAUCUGUAAGCUUUGUUCAUCUUCGAAACACAAUUUAAGAUAUUUUGGAUGAAAACCGGGAGGAUUGUUACGGUCCCAUUGACUGUAAACUACACUGUCAAGGUCCAAAAAAGUACGAAAGACAUCGUCAGAAUAGUCCAUCUGCAAUCAGUGGUUAAAUAUGAAUUUUAUAAAGUGACAAGUAUACUUUUUAUUAUGCAAAGAAAAUAAAAAUAAAGACUUUAUUCACCAAUUUGUCUCCGCAUCGCCCUAGCGCCAUUUUGGAGAAUAGGCUAUCUACUGAGCGCAAGAAGCGUAGCUCUUCUGUGUUAGUCUCGCUACACGGAUGUGCUGUUUUCAUUCAAAUCAAAGCAUAAAUACACAUAGAAAAUGUAUCCUUGUGUCGCGGCUGACACAUACCACAUACACAUAAGAAUGCGCUGACACAUACUUUUCUUGACCAUGACAGUGUAAUUUACCUGGCAGUCUAUGAGACAGUCACAAGUCUCCCAGCUUUCAUCCAAAAUAUCUUAAAUUGUGUUCCGAAGACUAAUGAAGCUUUUACCGGUUUGGAACAACAUGGGGGUGAGUGAUUAAUGACAAAAUUUUCAUUUUGGGGUGGAGUAACCCUAUGAUAGGAAAUGUCUGGGCAUUAAUACAUAUUUUCUGUUUUAAAUUCUAUUCAUAUUUCUUAACUUCUCUGGUAAUCAGGGUGUAAGUGACAAUAUCAUUUUUUAAUAGCUACAGAACAAUUUUUCAUGUUUCGCUAUGAAUGUAAAUCGAGUUCAACCAUAAGAAUUGUAAAUAGUAUAAAUAAAAUCUAAGUUUUCAAGCACAA